AUGUCUGCGGGUAGCUUGGACCUUGCAGAGGGAAAUGCCCUGACAAAGUUACAGCCUACAAAAGUGAACAGUUUCAGUAUGAUGGACAAAAAGCUGAAUCUCUUGAAUGAAAAGAUGGACAAAAUAUUGCAUUUUCAAGAAGAUCUGACAGGCAAACUGCAGCGAAUUAACAAAGGCAUUGAUGAUGUAGAAAAAGGUAUUAACAAACUAACAGUAUCCCCAGCAGCUCCUGAUGAGACAGAUGCAAUGAAAAAAGGCCUAAAGGUAUCGGACAAUACUCACCAGACUGAUAUCCAGAGCAUAUGCUCAGAAGUGUUGAAAUUGAUGAAAGCUGCCCAGCUGGAUUCUCUGAAGCAUAAGGAGAGGCUGGCAAAGAUAGAGAAAAGAGUUGAAACACUGGAUAAAGUUAUGACACUUGUGGAAGAAGUGUUAAAAAACUCCAAAGUAGUGGAUUUUAUUCUCAAAGGCAUUGUGCCCUGGAAGAAGGGGAGUCUACUGGAAAUCCUUGUUGAGGCCAAAGAUAAGCCUGAGGAGAGCGGUGCAAAACCUAAGCAUGUGCUUAGUAAUAGAGGAACCCAAACUGAAAACAAGAAGCCUCUGGAAGAGACAGAAAGUGGGAAAAAGCUGGAUGAAAAGGAAGAUUAUGAGAAGUUGAACACUUCUAGCACUGCAGCCCACAAAGCUGACUCCAAGCCCCAAGCUAAAGAAAGGACAGCACAGCAGCAAGUAGUAGAAGAUCAUGUAGGCACCCAGAAUGUUCCUGCUAAAGCACACGAUAUGGACAGAGCCCCACACCUAGAUAAGUGCCAGCUUGUUCAGAAACAUGGAGAGAAUGAAAACAAACCACCAUCGUCAAGAGUGGCAUCCUGGGAAGCCGUGCCUUCCACAUCCCAAGCCAUAUCUGACACAGGGUGUGAAGUGACACAUACCAGGAUGUCUAUCAAUAUACAUAUGACUGAAGUAAAAGAGAAGAUUGAGAUGACCAAGGAAGGAAACUUGAAUGAUCACAAAUGUAAAAGUCCCAAAGUAAAAUCCCCAUCCUCCACACCAGCAGACAAGGAGGGAGUUGAACAGCUGCCUCCCAAAUUAAAACUUCAACAGCAUCCUAAAAACAUCAGCCCAGAGCUAAAUCAAGAAGUUAAAGGGGACAAUAAGCAAAAUGAACUUGUACCUCAAACAGGGAAGCAACAGCCAUUACUGAGCAAUUCCAAAACAGGUAAAAAGGCUGAAGAGAAAUCAGAACUGAAAUGCAAGCCCAUAACCUCACAAAAGAAUAUCUCUGCAAAGGAGCCUACAAAAGAUGUGGAGGUAGGAGUAAAAAUCCAUCAAGAAAUGGCAAAAUCAGAAGAAUCCCUGACACGUACCAGCUCUGAGAGGAGUGAAUCUGAGUCUGCAUCUUCAGGGGGAAAUGGAACCGAUGCUCAACAGUGUACAGGAGUGGCACCAGAGAAGACUAAGUCAUUAGAAGCUAGCAAAGAGCUUCCCACAUGGGAUGAAAUGAUCAUUGAUGACAGCCCUUCUCCUCCAGCUCCUUUUGAACAUCGGAUAGUGAGCGUCAAGCAAACAGAGUUGACAACAUGCUACUCGGUGUGUCAUCACGAAGUACUGGGGGGGGGGCGUUUUGGGCAAGUUCACAAGUGCACGGAAAUAUCAACGGGUCUCAACCUGGCAGCCAAAAUCAUAAAAGUGAAAGGAGCAAAAGAGAAGGAAGAAGUAAAAAAUGAAAUUAAUGUCAUGAACCAAUUAAAUCAUGUGAAUCUGAUCCAGCUUUAUGAUGCUUUUGAAGCCAAAAAUAAUAUCACUUUGAUCAUGGAAUAUCUUGAUGGUGGUGAAUUAUUUGACCGGAUCACCGAUGAAAACUACAAUCUAACUGAGCUGGAUGCAAUCCUAUUUACCAAACAGAUUUGUGAAGGAGUCCACUACUUGCACCAGCAUUAUAUUCUCCAUUUAGAUCUGAAGCCUGAAAACAUACUAUGUGUAAGUCACACAGGAAACCAGAUUAAAAUUAUUGAUUUUGGAUUAGCAAGGAGGUACAAACCUCGUGAGAAAUUGAAGGUUAAUUUUGGAACUCCAGAGUUCCUGGCUCCUGAAGUGGUGAACUAUGACUUUGUUUCCUACCCAACGGACAUGUGGAGUGUAGGCGUCAUCACAUAUAUGUUACUUAGUGGCCUGUCCCCAUUCCUGGGAGAAACUGAUGCAGAGACAAUGAAUUAUGUAGUCAAUUGCAGCUGGGAUUUUGAUGCAGAAGCAUUUGAGCAACUAUCAGAGGAAGCUAAAGACUUUAUUUCCAGACUACUUGUGAAGGAGAAAAGCUGCCGGAUGAGUGCGACGCAGUGCCUGAAGCAUGAGUGGUUAAGCAAUCUACCUGCUAAAGCCAAGAAGUCCAAGCUUCGCCUGAAGUCCCAGUUGUUGCUGCAGAGUUACAUGGCUCACAGAAAAUGGAAGAAACAUUUUUAUGUAGUGGCUGCUGCUAACAGGCUCAAGAGAUUCCAGAGUGUGGCUGUCAAGCUUGUGUAA